AUGGCCUUCCAUGGAGCUUCUUCACCUUCAUCUUUGUCUACAUCUUCAAUUUCCUCUUCCAACCAUCAGUGGGCUUACGAUGUGUUCUUGAGCUUUAGAGGCGAAGAUACUCGUAAUAAUUUUACCGCUCAUCUUUACGCCGCUUUGGAUCGAAACGGGAUCAACACCUAUAAAGAUGACAUCAACCUUAGGAGAGGAGAGAACAUUUCACCAGAACUUCUCAACGCUAUUGAGAUGUCAAGGAUUUCAGUCAUUGUGUUAUCUCAAAACUAUGCAUCAUCUUCAUGGUGCUUGGAUGAACUUGUAAAGAUCUGUGAUUGUAAGGAAACAAAUGGCCAAAUUGUUGUACCGGUGUUUUACAAGGUAAAUCCAUCAGAAGUGCGAUAUCAUAAAAAUAAAAAUUUUGGCGAAGCAUUGGCUAAACAUGAAGAAAUAUUCAAGGAUGAUCGAAUGAAGGUGCAGAGGUGGAAGACAGCGCUAACAGAAGUGGCCAAUUUGUCUGGCUGGCAUUUAGAGAACAGGUUUUUGGAAGAAAGAAAGCAUUUCCGGAAGUAUCGGGCUUAAAGGACAAAAUUGGAAAAAAGCUAGAAGAUUUGAAGCAAGCUAAAGCAUUCUGGUAGUGCGAUCGAUCUCAAGGUACCU